GGCAGGGACAGUCAUGGCGUCCCAGCCAAACAGCUGUGCGAAGAAGAAGGAGGAGAAGGGGAAGAACAUCCAGGUGGUGGUGAGAUGCAGACCAUUUAAUUUGGCAGAGCGGAAAGCUAACGCCCAUUCAAUAAUAGAAUGCGAUCCUGUACGAAAAGAAGUUAGUGUACGAACUGCAGGACUAGCCGACAAGAGCUCAAGGAAAACAUAUACUUUUGAUAUGGUUUUUGGAGCAUCUACUAAACAAAUUGAUGUUUACCGAAGUGUUGUUUGUCCAAUUCUGGAUGAAGUCAUUAUGGGCUAUAAUUGCACUAUUUUUGCAUAUGGCCAAACUGGUACUGGAAAAACCUUCACAAUGGAAGGUGAAAGGUCACCUAAUGAAGAGUAUACCUGGGAAGAGGAUCCUUUGGCUGGUAUAAUUCCACGUACGCUUCAUCAAAUUUUUGAGAAACUUACAUUCAAUGGAACUGAAUUUUCAGUCAAAGUGUCUCUGUUGGAAAUUUAUAAUGAAGAACUUUUUGAUCUUCUCAGUCCAUCUUCUGAUGUUUCUGAGAGACUACAGAUGUUUGAUGAUCCCCGCAACAAGAGGGCAGUGAUAAUCAAAGGUUUAGAAGAAAUUACAGUACACAACAAGAAUGAAGUCUAUCAAAUUUUGGAAAAGGGGGCGGCAAAAAGGACAACUGCAGCCACUUUGAUGAAUGCAUAUUCUAGUCGUUCCCACUCAGUUUUCUCUGUUACAAUACAUAUGAAAGAAACUACAAAUGAUGGAGAAGAGCUUGUUAAAAUUGGGAAGUUGAACUUGGUUGAUCUUGCAGGAAGUGAAAACAUUGGCCGUUCUGGAGCUGUUGAUAAGAGAGCUCGCGAAGCUGGAAAUAUCAAUCAGUCGUUGCUGACUUUGGGAAGGGUUAUUACUGCUCUUGUAGAACGAACACCUCAUGUUCCUUAUCGAGAGUCUAAACUAACUAGAAUCCUCCAGGAUUCUCUUGGGGGGCGUACAAGAACAUCUAUAAUUGCAACAAUUUCUCCUGCAUCUCUCAAUCUUGAGGAAACUCUGAGUACAUUGGAAUAUGCUCAUAGAGCAAAGAACAUUUUGAAUAAACCUGAAGUUAAUCAGAAACUCACCAAAAAAGCUCUUAUUAAGGAGUAUACAGAAGAGAUAGAGCGCCUGAAACGAGAUCUUGCUGCAGCUCGUGAGAAAAAUGGAGUGUACAUUUCUGAAGAAAAUUAUAGAGCCAUAAAUGGAAAAUUAACUCUUCAAGAAGAGCAGAUACUAGAAUUGAUUGAAAAAAUUGCUGCCCUUGAGGAGGAGCUAAGUAAGGUUACAGAAUUGUUUAUGGAUAAUAAAAACGAACUUGACCAGUGUAAAUCUGACCUGCAAAAUAAAGCACAGGAACUUCAAACCACUCAAGAACAUUUACAAGAAACUAAAAUACAACUUGUUAAAGAAGAAUAUGUCACAUCAGCUUUGGAAAGAACUGAGGAGAAACUUCAUGACACUGCCAGCAAGCUGCUUAACACAGUUAAAGAAACUACAAAAGAUGUAUAUGGUCUCCAUUCCAAACUGGAUCGUAAGAAGGCAGUUGACCAACACAAUGCAGAUGCUCAGGAUACUUUUGGCAAAAACCUGAAUAGUCUGUUUAAUAAUAUGGAAGAAUUAAUUAAGGAUGGCAGCUCAAAACAAAGAGCUAUGCUCGAAGUUCGCAAGACCUUGUUUGGUAAUCUGUUAUCUUCCAGUGUCUCUGCGUUGGACACCAUUACUACCACAGCACUGGGAUCUCUCACAUCCAUUCCAGAAAAUGUGUCUACUCAUGUUUCUCAUAUUUCCAAUAUGCUGUUGGAAGAACAGUCAUUAGCAUCAGAAAGUAAAACUGUACUGCAGGAAUUGAUUAAUAUACUUAAGACUGACCUUCUAAGUUCAUUGGAAAUGAUUUUGUCCCCCACUGUGGUGUCUAUAUUGAAAAUCAAUACUCAACUGAAGCAUAUUUUCAAGGCUUCAUCGGCAGUGGCUGAUAAGAUGGAAGAUCAGAAGAAGGAAAUGGAUAGCUUUUUCAGUACACUGUGUAACAAUCUACAUGAACUACAAGAAAAUACAGUUUCUUCCUUGGUUGAAUCACAGAAGCUAUGUGGAAACUUAACUGAAGACCUGAAGACAAUAAAGCAAACUCAUUCACAGGAACUUUGCCAGUUAAUCAAUCUUUGGACAGAAAGAUUCUGUGCUUUGGAGGAAAAGUGUGAAAAUAUCCAGAAACCACUCAAUAGUGUCCAAGAAAAUAUAGAGCAGAAAUCUAAGCAUCUAAUCAACAAAACAACUUCUCACAGUAAAAAAUUUUGUGCCAAUUCUGAUGGCUUGUCACAGGAACUCAGAAAUUUUAACCAAGAAGGUACAAAAUUGGUUGAAGAGUCUGUGAAACAUUCUGAUAAGCUCAGUUGCAAUGUGGAAAAAAUAUUUCAAGAGUCCAAACAAAGAUGUGAGUCUCUGAACGCAAGCACCGCUCAUUUUGCUGAACAGUGGGUAUCUUCCUUAAAUAAAAGGGAACAGGAACUUCAGAACUUAUUGCAGGUUGUAAACCAGUGUUGUGAGGCUUCAAGUUCAGAGAUCACUGAAAAAUUAAAUGGUUAUAAAGCAGCUAAUGAGAACCAGCGUAACACUUUUCUUGAUCAGAUAACUAUUGAUGAAGAAGCAUUGGCAGCACAAAAUCUAGAACUUAGUGACACGAUCACAGUUGGUUUGACUAGACUUCAGUGCUUCCUGCAGCAGGAUCUGAAACUGGAUGUCCCGACAGGCACAACACCACAGAGAAAAAAUUACGUCUACCCAUCAACACUGGUGAGAACUGAACCACGUGAACAUCUCCUUGAUCAGUUGAAAAGAAAACAGCCUGAGCUGUUAAUGAAGCUAAACUGUUCGGAGACCAAAAAAGAGACCAAUCAGGACAUGGACAUAGAAAAGGCAGUUCUGGAACAGUAUAUUGAAGAUCCUGUGAAUCAGGAGCCAUCUGUAGAUGUGGGUGUGGAGUGUUCAUCAGCUGGCGGGGUUCCAUUCUUCCAGCAUAAAAAACCACAUGGAAAAGACAAAGAAAACAGAGGCAUUAACCCAGCGGAGAGGUCUAAAGUGGAAGAAACCUCAGAGCACUCUGCUACAAAGAGCAGGUUACCUCUACGAGUUCAAAUCAAUCUUUAGUUAACCUGAGGGUCAGAAAUUUUAUUUUAAAA